AUGGCGUCUGCUGAUAUGAGAGGCGAGCUGACCUGCUCCAUCUGCCUAAACAUUUACACAGAUCCUGUAACGCUUCAAUGUGGCCACAACUUCUGCCAGGCUUGUAUUAGGAAUGUCCUGGAUUCCCAGGUAACAUCUGGAGUUUAUACCUGUCCGGACUGCAGAUCAGAAUUCAAAGAGUGCCCAACCUUGCAAAGGAACACAACUCUGUGUAACAUUGGUAAGAGUUUUCUUUCAACUCAUCCAGAGCAAGAUACAUCUGCAAUUCUCUGUACUAAUUGCCUUCACGUCCCAGUGCCAGCUGUUAAGACAUGUCUGCUAUGUGAAGCUGCAUUGUGCUCUAAUCAUGUGAAGGUCCACACCAAGUCCCCAGAACAUGUUUUAAUUGAACCUAGCAUUUCCUUAGAAACUUGGAAAUGUGCUGUACACAAUGAGAUCUUGAAGUUUUACUGCACAGUGGAUGCUGCCUGUGUCUGUGUGUCCUGUAUCCUGUUUGGAGCUCACAUUGGACACCAAAUUGAACCAUUGAGUAAGGCUUCAGACAAGAAGAAAGAAGACCUAAAAACUAUUAUGCAAACUCUAACCUCGAGGACAGAGAAGAUUGAUACAAGAGUUAAGAAACUAAAUGAGUAUAAGGAAAAAACCCAAGAAAAAGCAACUAGUGUGACAGAACGAGUAGCUGCCAUAAUUAGGGACAUCAAAAAACAGCUGGAUGACCUACAGAAUCAAGUUUUUUGUGAGAUCUAUGGGCAGAAUGAAGUGGCUUCUGCACAAAUCGCUGCCUUAAUCCAUGAGCUGGACACAGAGAAGGAGGCUUUGUCCAAGAAAAUGUGUCAUAUUGAAGAACUGUGUAACAUGACUAACCCACUGUGUUUUUUACGAGAAUGGUCUUCUAGUAGUCCUGAGUUUUGUGAUAUUGUGAAGGGUACAGUGGGAGAUACAAAUGUCCCCAAUGUCAUGAACUUGGAUGAAGAUAAGGUUUUGAUGUUGGUACAAACAGGUAUAGAUGAAAUUGUGACUGAGGUGAAAAUGAAGCUUGAUGUCAAUGAAUCAUCAGAAGUGCUUCUGGAUGUAACCACCGCUGGAAAUAAUGUAGCUUUAUCCCAUGAUGAUGAAAUUGUCACUGGGACGUGCGCGCUCCCCAGAGUCGAGAGCAGGAGCGCAGUGACGGUGAAGUGGGGAGGAGGUGGUGGUGAACCGGUACCGCCACAGCCGCAGCGACCAGCAUGUACUCCGUCCCCAGGACCGGCACUGGAGCCUCCCACCAACCCGGACCGCGAGACCCAGAAGGCCGAGCUGAGGGAGAUGCUGAAAGCCCCGCAGAAGAAGGGAGAUGAGUUGUAUGUCAUUGACAGUCGGUGGUUUAAGCAAUGGAAGAAGUAUGUUGGUUACGACUCCUGGGAUAUGUACAAUGUGGGAGAGUGCAAUCCGGGACCUGUUAACAACUCAGGUCUUUUUUCAGAUGCUGAUACUCUGGCAUUAAAGGAACAUCUGAUUGAUGAGCUGGACUAUGUUCUGGUGCCAAAUGAAGCAUGGCUGAAACUGAUGAGUUGGUAUGGCAGUGUAGAAGGACAGCAGCCCAUUGUUAGAAAGGUGGUUGAGUUUGGCAUGUUUGUAAAACAAUGUAAAGUUGAGGUAUACCUCAUUGAGCUGAAGCUCUGUAACGAGAGUAACCCAGAUACCCUGAUUCCACGGCACUUCAGCAAAGCAGACACUAUAGAAACUAUAGAAAAAGAAAUGAGAAAUAUAUUUAGAAUUCCGGUGGGGAAGGAGACCAGGCUAUGGAAAAGAUAUAUGAAAAAUACGUAUGAGCAGCUCACCAAACCAGAGGACACUGUGGAGGAUGCAGGACUUUAUCAGGGCGAGGUUGUGGUAAUAGAACAGAGGAAUGCAGAUGGCACAUGGCCCAGGCAAUCAAAUUCCCAGAAGUCACAUCUAAAAUCUUUAAUGAAAACGAUGAAUGGAGGUCAAAGAAACCACAAAAAUACAAACUGA